UUGGCCAGACGCCAGAGUGUUCCAAAACGGCACGAAAAUGACGAAAUGAACCCCUGCGACGUCGUAUAUGCUACUUCUUCCUUCUUCGUCUCUCCAACCCCAAAUUAUUGUUAUGACUCUUUGACUUCUCCUUCAUCUCUUUCGCUGGACCCAAUCCUCUCACCACUCCGAUUCCCGUUCCACCGUGCUUCUUUCACGCAUAGUAUAUGGGGAAGUCUAGGUGGUUGAUAUUGGUUAUCUGUUUAUGCUUGCUUGCCUUUUCUGAUGGCCGAGAACUCCAUGUUAGGCAUAAAAAGAAUCACUACCAAUACAAUCAUACACUUGCUACAAUAUUAGUGCAAUAUGCUUCUGCGGUAUACUUGUCAGAUUUAACAGAACUUUUUACUUGGACGUGCUCUAGGUGUGAUGGCUUGACCAAGGGAUUUGAUAUUAUAGAGUUAGUUGUUGACGUUGAGCAUUGCUUACAGGCAUUUGUUGGAGUGGCUGAUGAUCCACAUGCCAUUAUCAUUGCAUUCAGAGGGACAAAUGAACACAGCUUACAGAAUUGGAUUGAAGAUUUAUAUUGGAAGCAGCAUGAGAUAAAUUAUCCAGGCAUGGAUGAUGCAAUGGUACAUCGUGGUUUUUAUAUGGCAUACCACAAUACAACAAUACGUCCUGCAGUUUUAGAUGCUGUUGAAAGAGCAAAAAAGUUUUAUGGAGAUAUUCAAAUUAUAUCAAUAGGGCAUUCAAUGGGAGGGGCAAUGGCUUCAUUUUGUGGACUUGAUUUAACGGUAAAUCAAAAUGAAAAAAAUGUUCAAGUUAUGACAUUUGGACAACCUCGUGUGGGAAAUGCUGCUUUUGCAUCUCUCUAUAGCAAACUAGUUCCAAAUACAAUCCGAGUCACAAAUGACCAUGAUAUUGUACCUCAUUUGCCUCCAUAUUAUUAUUAUUUGCCACAGAAGACAUACCACCACUUCCCGAGAGAGGUAUGGCUUUAUAACAUUGGAUUAGGUAGUCUUGUGUACAGCGUUGAGAAGAUUUGUGAUGGAUCUGGCGAGGAUCCAACUUGCAGCAGGUCGGUGAGUGGGAAUAGCAUUGUAGAUCACUUGGCCUAUUAUGGCGUUGACAUGGGAUCAGAUGAGCCAAGUUCAUGCAGAAUUGUUAUGGAUUCUCAUGUUCAGAAAACUAGCAUCAAAGAUUCAAGGGGAAACUUAAUCUUGUCCAGAGAUCCUGCAACCCCUAUCAUCAAAUUGAGUAGAGAGAUUGACAAUCAGGAAAAUCCUGUUAACGUUGAUUGAAUUGGCAAGGGAUAUCUCUUGCAUGAUAGGUUCCAAGGUUUGCCAUGGAGGCAUUAUAAUUCGUAUUUCUUCUUUUCUUCACGGUCCUUCCUAAUGGCAUGGACCAUACAGCUGCAUUUUUUAUAUUGAAAUCGAUUAAUGCUGGAAGAAGAUUGUAUAGUCUUGGGCUCUUGUAUAUAUGUGCUCAUCCUUGUAUAUAUGAUUAAUAAUUCGAUACUCGGUUAAGUGUAUAAUUUCAUCUUAAAAUUACACUGAAUUCGACCCCUCAUUUGGGUGAUAAUUCUUUUAACCAUUUGUCGCUUCCAGUUUAAUUUUACGCAAA